CUUGGACAGCACAACUUUGCUCCUGGCCCAUUUUAAAACAAAACUCGUCAGGAUGGAGAGGACGAUUAUUUUCUGUAUGCUUUUCUUCUUUUCCAGUACAAUGCUGGCUGCAGCUUCACACAGAGCAGUAAAAUACAAACAGAUUCUCCUGGUAAUUGAAAAGUUAGAACACGCUGUGAAAGAUAAGGAUGUUGAAUGGCUGCAUACACCUGAAAAUCCUGUGGAGGGAUGCGUGGACACAGCUCUGAGGUGCUUCAAGAACGGCACACUGCAAUUACAACCCUUAAACAGCCAAGCGAACGCUACGUUCAUCCAAGCCAUCAGAGUCUUCAGAAAAUACACCGUCAGAAGUUCUGGAAAGCAGUGUGAGUCUUCAUGUGAAUCCUACAAGAAGAAACCCCCCAAAGAGUUUUUGACGAGCUUUGCCAAACUAAUCCAAAAGUUACUCAAGAACGAAUAUAGCACAUAA